GUGAAGACGCGGAGAGCAGCGCCACCACACGGAAUAACACAAUCACACGGUCAUUUUACCACGUUUUGGAGUUUGCGUCGAAUCUGACGAUUGCAAACAUUUGCACACAAAAAUCUGGCAAACAAGAGGCGCUCUAACCAACGUCCAGUUUUUUUCAGUUCCCAGCAGGAGGUGUCACGUGGUGGAGGUAGUGUGGGUGACCACAUUCAGCAGUGCCGCCACACCAGAAUCCAGUUUUUCGAUUAGUUUGUGGAUGUAGCAGUACACACUCAGGACAAAGUUCAUUGCUUGUGUGUAGUGUAGUCGAAAAUUUAAACUGCUGUGUAAUAUAUCUUAUUACAGUGUGCCCUUCACGUUCUUAAUUGUUGGAUUACGUUUGUUUUUCAUUCCAAGAUGGCUGGCGAUUAAUUAGGUUAAUAAUGCUGACGAAAACAAUUUUUCUGAGGAUGAUAAAACAUUUGUGAAAAUUAAAAAGAUAUUAUCCACGUGUUGACAUCCAGAAUUUUUUUGUGUGCGUGUUCACUUUUUGAGAGCUGGAAAAACGUCUUCCUUAAACAAAUUGUGAUGUCAUCUGUGAACGUUUAGACUGAUCUUAUCACUUUGGUUGUGUGAUGAGUGACCAGUUGUUUUUGACCAAGAACGUCUGACCAAGUCUGACCAACUUUGACAAGCAUUGACCAAAUAGACCAACAUUGACCACCACUGUCCAAGAAAAUGGCUGAAAAUGACGUGGACUACCACAUAGACGAGGACCUGGAGAGGUUGUUCCACUCAGAUCUACAGAACCUGGAGCUGGGGCACAACGGUUCCGGACAUGAUGACGUAGUAGGCGACCACCUGCCAGAGUGGCUGAUUGGUGUUAUCGUCGUCAUCAUCAUGCUCAUCGUCGCUUUCUUCGUCAUGAUUAUCACGUCACUUAUCAAAAAUAGGCAGAAAACGCGAUCGUCCACCUACAUCGGGAACGUGGCGUCCACUGUUUGUGACGAGAUCGAGACUGGGAAGAUCGUGAGUACUAACGGCACGUGCAUGAAAAUGACGUCAUUCAACACCGUCACUGACACGGCUGACGACGAGAAACCGUCGGGCGACCAGGUGCCGCUGGCUGACAACGAGGAGCAGACGGACGAUGCCGGCUGCAAGAACCCGCUCUUUGUGGACGACGAGCAGACGGACAACAACGACGGCAGGAAACACGACGGGAACCACGUGACCGACCCAGCGGCAAAAUCUACGUCACACAAAAACAAGCACGCGGGCGGCGCGAGGAAGUCCCUGCAGGAGGAUCACGUGACCGAGUCCCAGGUCAACAAGAAGAUGUUCUCCAGCAAGGGCAAGAACUCAGGCCAGACUUUGCAAAAACGGGAGCGGAGCAAGAGCAUGUCCGCGGGCGAUGACGUCACAGAGGAUCACGAGAGUGAGCACCAGCCCAAGAGAAACUCCAUCAACGUCACCCCCGCUAGACACGCCUCCGCCAACGGCUCGGAGAGCUGCUGUGAAGACUCUGGCGUCGAGCUGGGCGCGUCGGAGUCUACGACGCCGUGCGAGUCCAGUGGCCAGCGUCUGGUGGCCGUGCUGGAAGUGGCCAAAGACGUGGCGAGCUCCGACCUGAGCGAGAAGAUCAUCAACGUCCCAGGCAAGUCGGCCUUCACCAGCACACAGGUGCAGAUCUCCGUGCACAGCGAGGGCGUCAAGGGGCUCUUCACAGAGGGCGCCAAGGGUCUCUUCACAGAGGGCGCCAAGGGUCUAUUCAUAGAGGAGGUCAACUUCCUGGAGAACUCCUUCACGGAGAACAAGGACUUCGGCGAGACCAGGACUCUGGACACGGCAAGAAAGGACGUCUUAGACACACUGGAGUCGACGCCCCUGGGUGACGCUCAGCAGCCGACGGUGCCAGACGUGCACGCGUGCGCGGAGCAACUGGCACCAGAGCAAGACGCCACAUUAAGCUGUGACGUGUACGGCCAGAUUCUACCUGAUGACGUCACCACAAACUGGAGUCUGAACCAAGCAGCGGGCGCCGAUGAGAAGGAGGAGGGGAGGGAGGGAGGGGCGACCAUGAGCACAAACCUCUAGCACGUCUGCCGACCCGGCAACCACAAAUCUUUCAUCCGUCUGGUUCUAGCACCGGUCAGUCAAAGACUUGCCGGUCAAGGAACCGCCAGUCCAAGACUGGCCGGUCCGCUUAAGACUGGCCGAAUAGGUGCCACACCCCCCAGUUGGUGCCACACCACUGAGACUUCAUCUGUUCUGACCACUGUUUUCUAUUUUUGCCGUGUAUUGUUUCUGUUGGUGCUAAUGAUGUGACUGGGAAAGGGAAGCAACUGAAGUUUUUAUUCAUUUACAAAAAUGUGUCUUAUCUUUUAAUCUGAGUUCAAUUUCUUGUAUGUUUGAUUUAUUCCUUUUUUAAACUCCUUUGACUUGUUGAAUGAUUAUAUUUGAGAUAAAUUCUCACAAGUGACAGAAACUGUUUAUCAAAGUAGAAAAAACCCAGACCUGUUUUUUUUUUUUUAAUUGCUUAACACACUGUGCCUUGCACGUGUAGUUUGUGUUGUUUGGUGCACGUGUAGUUUGUGUUGUUUAGUGCACGUGUAGUUUGUGUUGUUUAGUGCACGUGUAGUUUGUGUUGUUGUUUAGUGCACGUGUAGUUUGUGUUGUUGUUUCUAUUGGCAAAAGGUUGAAGUGAGUAUGUGUGUAUGUGUACGGAGUGAGGAGGGUGUGUGUGUGUGUGUAGACUAUGGGUGCGUGUGUUAUAUUACUCAUCAUCUUCUCCUCCUCCUUCAAACAUUCAAUCAAUUUUUUCACGCGAAUGUUGACACUUUUUUCUUGUAUAUUCCCUAAUGAGUUGGCCAUUAUGUUCUAUCCUGCUAUCGCGUUGGUCAUUAUGUUUUAUCCUGCUAUCGCGUUGGCCAUUAUGUAUUAUCCUGCUAUCGUGUUGGCCAUUAUGUAUUAUCCUGCUAUCGUGUUGGCCAUUAUGUAUUAUCCUGCUAUCGUGUUGGUCAUUAUGUAUUAUCCUGCUAUCGUGUUGGCCAUUAUGUAUUAUCCUGCUAUCGUGUUGGCCAUUAUGUUCUAUCCUGCUAUCGCGUUGGUCAUUAUGUUUUAUCCUGCUAUCGCGUUGGCCAUUAUGUAUUAUCCUGCUAUCGUGUUGGCCAUUAUGUAUUAUCCUGCUAUCGUGUUGGCCAUUAUGUAUUAUCCUGCUAUCGUGUUGGUCAUUAUGUAUUAUCCUGCUAUCGUGUUGGCCAUUAUGUAUUAUCCUGCUAACGUGUAUUUGUCGGCGUGUCUGAAAUUUGGCGGGGAAAAUUCCGAAACUAUCGGGCCUUCAAAGCUUUUAAAAUCUAAUUGGUAUAUUUUAUUUCAUAUGUUCUGUUUUUAAUAUUUCUUAAAGUCAAUUGUAAAACUAAGAUUUGCUGAUUUUAUAUGGCAGUUGUAUAAGUGUGAUUUGUAUGGUAGCUGAAUUGUGAUUAAUUAAAAUAGUUAUAUGGUGUGUAUGGUUGUUGUAUGGUGUGUAUGGUAGUUGUGUUUGUGUAUGGUAGUUGUGUUUGUGUAUGGUAGUUGUGUUUGUGUAUGGUAGUUGUAUGAUGUGUAUGGUAGUUGUGUUUGUGUAUGGUAGUAGUGUUUGUGUAUGGUAGUUGUGUUUGUGUAUGGUAGUUGUGUUUGUGUAUGGUAGUUGUGUUUGUGUAUUAGUGGCCUGUGGUGUGAAUUCCAGUAAAAAUAUAAAAAGAGUUCUACAAUAUCAACAUGGGUUCCGAACCCGCAACUGACGAGAUAGAUAUCAUACUCUCAAUUCGACAUGGUUAACAAUUUGACUAAAUUUACUGUAGGGUGUGGUAGUUGUAUUGUGUCAUGGCACUAGUUGUAUUGUAUACAUGGUAGUGUUGUAUAGUAUACAUGGUAGUUGUAUAGUUUAACUGGUAAUUGUUGUAUUGUAUACAUGGUAGUUGUUGUAUAGUAUACAUGGUAGUUGUUGUAUAGUGUGCAUGUUAGUUGUGUAACGUGUAUUAGUUCAUGUAUGUAACGGCCCACCGUGUGUCACCAUACACAUGUCACCAGCCGUGUGUCACCAUACAAAUGUGAAUCACCAUGUCACCAGCAGUAUGUCACGCACCAAAGUGUACCAACUACGCCUGAAUCACCCGACCAUAUCUGUCUCAGUGUAUUUAUUUAAUAACUUUCAGCCAUAACAUUGGACCGUUGACCAAACGUGUUGAUACCAUUUUGAUAAUGACUU